CCGAGGCAGGACGAGCCGCGAUCGCGGCGGCGAACCCGGAGCAGUAGCUGCGGGCGGCGGCGCCCGAGCGGUGAGUCACGGCAUGUCGUUGAGUGUCCACGAGACCCGCAAGUCCCGAGGCAGCACGGGCGCCCUGGGCGUCACCCUGUUCCACAAGGCCUCGCACCCCGAGUGCGUGCUGGCCCAGCUCAACACGCUGCGGCAGCACGGCAUGUUCACGGACGUGACGCUGUGGGCGGGUGAGCGCGCCUUCCCCUGCCACCGCGCCGUGCUGGCCGCCUCCAGCCGCUACUUCGAGGCCAUGUUCAGCCACGGGCUGCGUGAGAGCCGCGACGAGGCCGUGCACUUCCGGGACAGCCUGCACCCUGAGGUGCUGGAGCUGCUGCUGGACUACGCCUACACCUCGCGCGUGGCCAUCCACGAGGAGAACGCCGAGUCGCUGCUGGAGGCGGGCGACAUGCUGCAGUUCCCCGACGUGCGCGACGCGGCGGCCGCCUUCCUGGAGAAGCAGCUGGCGCCGGCCAACUGCCUGGCGAUGCUAAUGCUGGCCGACGCCCACCAGUGCCGCCGGCUCCGCGAGUCCUCGUGGCGCGUGUGCCUGGGCCACUUUGAGGCCGUGCGGCGCAGCGAGGCCUUCGCCAGCCUCUCCAAGGACACGCUGCGGGCCCUCGUAUCCAGCGACGAGCUGGAGACGGAGGACGAGCGCACGGUCUUUGAGGCCAUCCUGCAGUGGGUGCGGCACGAGCCCGAGGCCCGCCAGGCCCACCUGCUGGAGCUCCUGCAGAGCGUGCGCCUGGCCCUGCUGCCGGCCGACUGCCUGCGGGACGCCGUGGCCCGCGAGGCCCCGCUGCUGGCCGACGCGGGCGCCCAGCUGCUCAUCGACGAGGCCCUGCGCUGCAAAAGCCGCAUCCUGCAGCACGGCGGCGUGGUCAGCAGCCCCUGCGCCCGGCCCCGCAAGGCCGGCCACACGCUGCUCAUCCUGGGCGGCCAGACCUUCAUGUGCGACAAGAUCUACCAGGUGGACCAGAGGGCCAAGGAGAUCGUGCCCAAGGCCGACCUGCCCAGCCCCCGCAAGGAGUUCAGCGCCUCGGCCAUCGGCUGCCGUGUGUAUGUGACGGGUGGCCGCGGGUCCGAGAACGGGGUCUCCAAGGACGUGUGGGUGUACGACACGGUGCGCGAGGAGUGGUCCAAGGCGGCGCCCAUGCUCAUCGCCCGCUUUGGCCACGGCUCGGCCGAGCUGGAGAACUGCCUGUACGUGGUGGGUGGCCACACGUCCCUGGCCGGGGUCUUCCCCGCCUCGCCGUCCGUGUCCCUGAAGCAGGUGGAGCGCUACGAUCCGGCGGCCAACAAGUGGGCAAUGGUGGCCCCGCUGAGGGACGGCGUCAGCAAUGCAGCCGUGGUCAGUGCCAAGCUGAAGCUCUUCGUCUUUGGGGGCACCAGCAUCCACCGCGACCUGGUGUCCAGGGUGCAGUGCUACGACCCAGGUGAGAAUCGCUGGGCCAUCCGGGCCGAGUGCCCGCAGCCCUGGCGCUACACGGCAGCUGCCGUGCUGGGCAGCCAGAUCUUCAUCUUGGGCGGAGACACCGAGUUCACCGCCGCCGCUGCCUACCGCUUCGACUGCGACACGGACCAGUGGACGCGUGUUGGGGACAUGACGGCCAAGCGCAUGUCCUGCCAUGCCCUGGCCUCGGGCAACAAGCUCUACGUGGUGGGCGGCUACUUCGGGACCCAGCGGUGCAAGACGCUGGACUGCUACGACCCCACCUCGGACACGUGGAACUGCGUCACCACUGUGCCCUACUCGCUCAUUCCCACAGCCUUUGUCAGCACCUGGCGCCACCUGCCCGCUUGAGCCGUGCCCCCAGGACCCUGUUGGCUCAGCUGCCCCUGCCUGUAGACAGAACAAGUGACCUGGCUGCCUAAGGGGAUGGUUAGCUGGUGACACAGCUUGAAGCCCGGCCACCUGCAGCACGUGUAGAUGCCUGCAUCUGGGCCCAGC